GAAUCAAGAGGAAUAGAGUCCCACCCCCGUUCCUUGCAACGGGUGUGCGGUAAUUCAAUAAAUAUAGAAAAACAACAGCUUUAAAGGGUGGAGUCAAGUCGAGUUGACUUUUCGGGCUGCACUCUUCGGAAAGUGCCCUAUCACGGGCUUACGAUAAAUAACCGUGAUGGCCACCGACAAAGUCACCUUGGGAGAUGCACUGUCCAACGUCGAUGUACUCGAUGAGUUUACACUUCCUGAUGAACAACCUUGCAUCGAAGCACAACCAUGUUCUGUAGUGUAUCAGGCAAACUUUGACACAAACUUUGAAGAUAGAAAUGGAUUUGUUACUGGCAUUGCCAAGUACAUCGAAGAAGCAACUGUCCAUGCCAGUUUAAAUGAAUUAUUGGAAGAAGGUUUAGAACAUGCCGUUAUGCUUUAUACUUGGCGGUGCUGCUCCCGUGCGAUUCCACAACCUAAAUCAAAUGAGCAACCAAAUAGAGUUGAAAUUUAUGAGAAAACCGUAGAAGUUCUAGCACCAGAAGUUAAUAAAUUGUUAAAUUUUAUGUACUUUCAAAGAAAAGCUAUAGAAAGGUUCUCUGGUGAAGUUAAACGAUUAUGUCAUCAUGAAAAGCGGAAAGACUUUGUCUCUGAAGCAUACCUUCUUACCUUGGGAAAAUUUAUUAAUAUGUUUGCUGUACUCGACGAAUUGAAGAACAUGAAAUCCAGCGUAAAAAAUGAUUAUUCAACAUACAGAAGGGCUGCCCAAUUCUUAAAAGUUAUGUCCGAUUCCCAAACUCUACAGGAAUCACAAAAUCUUUCAAUGUUCUUAGCGACACAAAAUAAAAUUCGCGAUACUGUGAAAGAAAAUCUAGAAAAAAUUCAAGGCUAUGAAGAACUUCUUGCUGAUGUCGUAAAUAUAUGUGUCCACAUGUUUGAGACAAAAAUGUAUCUUACACCCAAUGAGAAGCACAUGUUAGUGAAAGUCAUGGGUUUUGGACUGUUCCUGAUGGACAGCGAGUUGUGCAAUAUUAAUAAGCUCGAUCAGAAGAAAAAGUUAAAGCUGGAUAGAAUAGAUAGAAUUUUCAAGAAUUUAGAAGUGGUACCUUUGUUUGGUGACAUGCAAAUUGCACCUUUCAAUUAUAUUAAGCGCUCUAAGCAUUUUGAUGCGUCGCGCUGGCCUCUUUCUUCCUCCGUGAAUAGUAUGAGUCCUCAAGCUGAUCUUAUGGUGCACCUCCCACAAAUCAGAGAUGACCAUGUUAAAUAUAUCAGUGAAUUAGCCAGGUAUAGUAAUGAAGUGACAACAACGUAUAAGGAAUGUGGAAGCGAUUCAGAAAAUAGAGAGACUGCAGAAUUAGCUUUGAAAGGUCUGCAUUUAUUAUCACAAUGGACCAGUGUUGUGACCGAAUUGUAUAGUUGGAAAUUGCUUCAUCCAACCGAUCAUCACAUGAAUAAAGAAUGUCCUCAGGAAGCUGAAGAAUAUGAAAGGGCAACACGAUACAAUUAUACCGAUGAGGAAAAAUUUGCGUUAAUCGAAGUGAUAGCUAUGAUUAAAGGUCUUCAAGUUUUGAUGGCGCGAAUGGAAACGGUAUUUAUUGAUGCAAUACGUAGAAACAUUUAUGCAGAAUUACAGGAUUUCGUUCAACUUGCUUUGCGGGAACCACUACGAAAAGCUAUCAAAAAUAAAAAGGAUCUGAUCCGAAGUAUCAUAGUAUCGGUGAGAGAGACUUGCGCCGACUGGAACUUUGGAGUCGAGCCACUUGGCGAUCCAGCUCUGAAAGGAAAGAAAGAUCCUGACAAUGGAUUUGGAAUCAAGGUUCCUAGACGGAAUGUUGGACCAUCUUCUACUCAACUCUACAUGGUGCGCACUAUGCUGGAGUCUUUAAUAGCCGACAAAAGUGGAGGCAAGCGUACUCUGCGAAAGGACAUUGAUGGCCAAUAUCUUGUACAGAUCGAUCAAUUCCACAAAACUAGUUUUUAUUGGAGCUACCUUCUAAACUUCAGCGAAUCCCUCCAGAAUUGUUGUGAUUUAUCUCAACUGUGGUACAGAGAAUUUUACUUGGAAAUGACGAUGGGUCGAAAAAUACAGAAAUGCCAAGUGCGUCACCAGCACAACGAGGAGUGCAGCGAUUUGAUCACCAUGGAGAAACGCAUUCAGUUCCCGAUCGAGAUGUCGAUGCCUUGGAUCCUGACCGAUCACAUCCUGAGGAGCAAAGAACCGUCGAUGAUGGAGUACGUUUUAUAUCCCUUGGAUCUGUACAAUGACAGCGCGCUGUAUGCCCUGACGAUUUUCCGAAAGCAAUUCUUGUACGACGAGGUAGAGGCUGAGGUGAACCUGUGCUUCGAUCAGUUUGUUUACAAGCUCAGCGAGCAGAUAUUUGCUCACUACAAACAACUCGCAGCUAGUAUCUUACUGGAUAAAAGAUUCAGAGUGGAGUGCGUUGCACUCGGUGCAUACCUGCUACCUUAUCCUCGAGCCAAUCGUUACGAAACCUUGCUGAAGCAGAGACACGUGCAACUUCUCGGAAGAAGCAUCGAUUUGAAUAAAUUAAUCACGCAGCGCAUUAAUGCCGAUAUGCAAAAAUCUCUGGACUUGGCCAUCAGCAAAUUUGAAUCAAGCGACGUCACCGGGGUAGUGGAACUGGAUGGUUUGUUGCAAGUGAAUCGACUGACGCACAAACUUCUAAGCAAGUGGCUGGCCCUGGACGAGUACGACGCAAUGUUCCGAGAAGCUAAUCACAACGUCUUGGCUCCGUACGGUAGAAUCACUUUGCAUGUAUUUUGGGAGCUUAACUACGACUUCCUGCCUAAUUAUUGCUACAACGCUGCCACGAACAGAUUCGUCAAGUGCCGAGGACUCCAAUUCGUGCAGCCGGUGCACAGGGACAAGCCGCCGCAAAUGUCGCAUCAUUAUCUGUGGGGUAGCAAGCAAUUGAACCUUGCUUACAGUACACAGUACGGACAGUACUCGGGUUUCGUUGGGCCGUACCAUUUUAGGACGAUAUGCAAAUUGCUGGGGUAUCAAGGAAUCGCCGUGGUGAUGGAGGAGCUUUUGAAGAUCGUCAAAUCGCUGAUACAGGGCAGCCUCCUGCAAUUUACCAAGACCCUGAUGGAAGCUAUGCCGAAAGUGUGCAAACUUCCUCGAUACGAUUACGGGUCGCCUGGUGUUUUGGGCUAUUACCACGCGCAAUUGAACGACAUCGUGCAGUAUCCGGACGCAAAGACCGAGCUCUUCCAUAAUUUCCGAGAAUUUGGGAACACGAUCUUGUUCUGUCUGCUGAUGGAGCAGGCGCUCUCGCAAGAGGAAGUCUGCGACCUGUUGCACGCGGCUCCUUUCCAAAAUAUACUGCCCAGGCCGUAUUGCAAAGAAGGUGAAAAACCGGAGACGAAGCAGAAGCGACUCGAGGCGAAGUACGCAGCCCUCCAGAUCGUCCCUAACGUCGACAAGUUGGGAACCGCAAAGCAAGCCAUGAUCGCGAGGGAAGGGGACCUGCUGACUCGCGAGCGUUUGUGCUGCGGUUUGUCCAUCUUCGAGGUCGUUUUGAGCAGACUACGUAGCUUCCUGGACGAUCCGAUCUGGGUCGGACCGCCUCCUGUCAACGGAGUGAUGAACGUGGACGAGUGCACGGAGUUCCACAGACUGUGGAGCGCGCUUCAAUUUGUUUAUUGCAUCCCGGUGGGGGAAACGGAGUUCACCGUUGAGGAACUGUUCGGCGAAGGCUUGCACUGGGCGGGCUGCGCAAUGAUCGUCUUACUUGGACAGCAGAGGAGAUUCGAGGCGCUCGAUUUUUGCUACCACAUUCUCAGAGUCCAACGAGUCGACGGCAAGGACGAGAACGUCAAGGGGAUCCACCUGAAGAGAAUGGUGGACCGGAUCAGACGAUUCCAGGUUCUGAACUCGCAGAUCUUUGCCGUAUUAAACAAGUACCUGAAGAGCGGCGACAGCGAUGCCACCAGCGUGGAGCACGUCAGAUGCUUCCCACCUCCGAUACACCCAUCGCUUGCUCAUGCUCAGCAGCAUUACCAUGCUCCGGAGUACUUGCGCCAAAUGAAUCACCAGUAAAGAAAUAAGCGAAAGUAUUACGAAGUUAAGUAUCGCAAGUAUAUUUAAUUAUCUCUCGUAUCUUGGCAAACGAGCGUAUGUCGUCGUAAUCUGUAAGUGGCCGCAGAAAGGAAUCGAACGAAUGCGUCUUUCCAUUCCGCUCAAAUUCUGGGCACUGUAUCCAUUUAGAACCGAGCAUUUACGUUUUUCUAUUACGUAUCGCGACGCGUGACGUCAUCGACUUUUUGUGCGUCUACUUAUUCGAUACAAGCUAUACAUCAGUAUUUUUUAUUUACCCAUUUGAGUAACGCAGUUUAGGAAAUGAUUGCUAUUUUUCCUGCCGUUUGCUUCGUGAGUUGAAUGUAAUCACGUGACAUGCCGUACUUGUAUAUAUUAGAAUCACGAUUGUACCUUCGCCGAGAUUUUCUACUACUCAUGAAUUCGUAGUUUGUAAAUUAUUGUGCGGCAAUUCUGCGGUGCUUUGUAAUUUGGUAACAAGGGAUAUAAAAUGUGGAACGUCAGGGAAAUACUUAAGACACAGUGAAAAGCAACUUUUGAGGUGACGCGUUUCAAUACUAUUGACUGACAUUCGAAUUACUUUGUUACAUUACAAAAGUACUUUGUUAUCAUAAGUUAUCACUUCCUGUAGGAGUACAUGCAUAUAUAUACGCCCGUAUUUAUAUUAUAAAAGAAAUUAUUAAAAAGGAAACAACAAUGGAGAUUUCACUAUAACGUA